AUGAGAAAAAAGUAUAAGACAAAAUUUCCAGUGGCUCGUAUCAAGAAGAUCAUGCAAAUGGACGAAGAUGUUGGCAAGGUCGCACAGGCUACUCCAGUGUUAAUUUCAAAAGCUCUCGAGUUGUUUAUGCAAUCUCUAAUUGACCAUGCCUGUGUAGAGACGAGGGCAAGAAGCGCAAAAAGGAUGUCGGUUUCUCAUUUGAAGAAAACAAUAAUGACUACCGAACAAUUUGAUUUCCUAAAAGAUGUAGUUGCGAAUAUACCAGAUCCGGUUGAAACUACCGAAGGGGAAGGUUCAACAUCAGCAGCAGCUAAUGCUGGAACCAACAAUGAUACCGCAGGAAGUAUUUUAAGUGCAGAUGAAGCAGAUGCCGAACAACCUCCACAACCUAAAAAACGGAAAGGCCGAAGAAAAAAUAAUGAUGAUGAUGAUUACGAACCACCCGCUGGUACAUCAAAUCCACCAAAAACAAGGCGACGCACGAGGAAGAAAAAAGAAGUUGAAGAUUCGUAG